ACUGAGCAUGCUCAGUUCAUGUGACUGACUUUCACCAAGUAUAACAAUCAACGAGAUCACCAUAAAUGCUUUCCCAACAUCAGACCAGUGAAGUGACCGCUGAAAACCAUUCCUGAAUUUGUGGUCAAUGGACCCAAGUUUAAGGAGAGGAAUGCCUUCAGUCUACAACAAUGGUUUGAGUCCCAGUCUCUAAUUACUUCUUUCCCAAGUACUCUGGUCACCAAAGGGACAAUAUUUGGUGAGAUGCAGCCAUUUUGUUGGUUAGCAGGAGCUCAGACUCGAGAAAAUGCCAUAGUGGUAGAAUACAGCAUCAACCUUGACAUCAAGCCCAUCGCUGGAAGCUCCCAGAUCAUUGUGCCAGUCAAGCGGAGGAGGGACUUUCAUUUAGAGAGGCUUAUGUGAACCUUAUAUGAGAAACUUGUCAACCUGCCUCUUUGAUUUUUUUAGGCUUACUAUUUCUAAUACUUAGGUGCUAUCUUUUAGAGACCCUGAAACAGCUAAGACAUGACACUCAGUACAAAGGAAUCCAUAGAGAUGUUUCGGGAUAUUAAUCUCACUCUUGGCAUGCUAAUGGAAGAUAAUGUUAACAAGGAAGACAUCUACAGUCAUCUCACUUCUGUUAUCCAGAAUACUGACAUCCUGGAUGAUGCAAUUGUCCAUCAGUUGAUUUAUUAUGCUUCUAAGGACAUGAGAGACACCAAUAUUCUCCGAGAAAUCAGAAUGCUAGCUGGUGAGGUUUUGGUGUCUCUUGCUGCACAUGAUUUCAACUCUGUGAUGUAUGAAGUACAAAAUAACUUCAGGAUCUUAGAGCUACCAAAUGAAUUCGUUGUGCUUGCCCUGGCUGAAUUGACAAUCAGCUAUGUGUCCCAGAGUAUUCCUUUCAUGAUGAUGACCCUGCUUGCCAUGCAAACCAUGCUCAGGAUGGCUGAGGAUGAAAGGAUGAAGGGAACUUUCUGUAUUGCCCUUGAGAAAUUUAGCAAAGCCAUUUACAAGUAUAUCAACCACUGGAGAGAUUUUCCCUAUCCCAGAUUGGAUGCCAACCGACUGUCUGACAAGAUCUUCAUGCUGUUCCGGUAUAUAAUGGAGAAGUGGGUCCCCUUGGCCUCACCCAUGCAGACUUUGAGCAUCGUUAAGGCCCACGGGCCCACGGUGAGCCUGCUGCUGCAUCGGGAAGACUUCUGCGAAUAUGCCCUGGGCCAGGUGCCCUGGCUCCUGAAUCAAUAUAAAGACAAAGAGAUUGAUUUCCAUGUCACUCAGAGCCUAAAACAAAUACUGACUGCAGUGGUUCUUUAUGACAUUGGCCUUCCAAGGAGCUUAAGAAGAUCCAUCUUUAUCAAUUUACUCCAGCAGGUCUGCGGAGCUCCAGAGCCUCCAGUAAAGGAAAAUGAAAUGGAAGCUUCAAGCUGUUUUCUCAUUCUAGCCCAUUCCACUCCUGCAGAGCUGAUGGAAUUUUUUGAUGAACAAAUAAGAAGUAAUAAUGAAGCCAUUCGAAUGGGAAUCUUGACUUUGUUAAGAUCGGCUGUCAAUGCUGAGGAGCCCAGGUUGAGGAAUCACAUCAUUUCAAUAGAAAGAACAGUCAAAAUCGUCAUGGGUGAUGCCAGUACAAAAGUAAGAAAUUCUGUUCUUCUCCUCAUCCAAAGCAUGUGUGAAAAGUCCUAUAUUGAAGCUCGGGAAGGAUGGCCAUUGAUUGAUUAUGUCUUCUCCCAAUUUGUGACGUCAAGCAGGAAUCUGGAGAAAGUAGUGAAAACUAACUUUCCUGAGAAUGAAAAGGAAGAGGAAUCUGUCCGAGAAACAAGCCUUGAGGUCUUAAAAAACCUGGACCCACUGGUCAUUGGAAUGCCUCAGGUGCUGUGGCCAAAGAUCCUGACUUUUGUGGUACCUGCGGAAUUCACAGAAGCUCUGGACCACCUAUUUAGUAUCAUCAGAAUUCUAAUUAUGGCAGAGGAGAGGAAGAAGUACAGUGCCAAGGAGUCCACAGCACUUGUCAUCUCUACAGGAGCUGUGAAACUUCCUUCACCACAGCAGCUACUAGCCAGACUUCUGGUAAUAUCUAUGCUUGCUGGUUUAGGGGAGUUACGCGGGAUUGGUGCUAUAGGGCUUUUGAAGAUACUGCCUGAGAUAAUUCAUCCAAAAUUGGUAGACCUAUGGAAAACAUGCUUACCUGAGUUUCUGCAGCCUCUGGAAGGCUCCAGGCUGGAGUGCAGUGGCACGAUCUCGGCUCACUGCAACCUCCAUCUCCCAGAUUCAAGCAAUUCUCCUGCCUCAGUCUCCCAAGUAGCUGGGACCACAGGAAAGAACAUCAGUAUUGUUCUAUGGGAAACCAUGCUGCUUCAGUUGCUCAAAGAAUCCUUAUGGAAGAUCAACGACACGGCCUGGACCGUUCAGCUGAGUCGGGAUUUCAAACAGCAAAUGGGCAGUUACAGCAACACCUCCAUUGAGAAGAAAUUCCUUUGGAAAGCCUUGGGAACCACCUUAGCAUGCUGCCAAGAUUCAGACUUUGUAAACUCACAGAUUAAGGAGUUUCUGACUGCUCCCAACCAGCUAGGGGAUCAAAGACAGGGAAUAACAUCUAUUUUAGGAUACUGUGCUGAGACCCAUUUGGAUAUUGUUUUAAAAGUUCUUAAAACAUUCCAAAAUCAGGAAAACUUUUUCAUGAAUCGAUAUAAGAGCCUUUUUUCUGGGAAAAAGAGCCUGACCAAGACAGAUGUCAUGGUCAUCUACGGAGCUGUGGCUCUCCAUGCUCCCAAGAAGCAACUUCUCACCAGACUUAAUCAAGACAUCGUAUCCCAAGUCCUGUGUCUUUAUGGCCAGUGUUCUCAGGUUCUGGGCAUGUCUGUGAUGAACAAGGACAUGGAUCUGCAAAUGAGUUUUGCAAGAAGCAUCACUGAGAUUGCCAUUGCUGUCCAAGACGCUGAGGAUCAGGAGUUUAAGCUUUCCUCCAAGGAGAUGCUGAUUGGUUACAUGCUGGACUUCAUUAGAGACGAGCCCCUGGAUUCCUUAGCUAGCCCUGUUCGAUGGAAAGCCUUAAUCGCCAUUAGAUAUCUCAGUAAACUGAAACCUCAGCUCUCACUACAUGACCACCUUAAUAUUCUUGAAGAGAAUAUUCGGAGGCUGCUGCCCCUUCCAUCUCUGGAAAAUCUGAAAAGUGAAGGCCAGACAGACAAGGACAAGGAGCACAUUCAAUUCCUCUACGAACGAUCCAUGGAUGCCCUAGGAAAACUUCUGAAGACCAUGAUGUGGGAUAAUACAGAUGAAGAGGGCUGUCAAGAAAUGUUUAAUCUUCUCCGAAUGUGGGUUGUUUCACCAAAAGAGUGGGAAAGAGAAAGAGCCUUCCAGAUCAUUGCAAAAGUGCUGACAAGUGAUGCUGAGUGGGGCGCCUCCUUUAUCCUGCAGGCACCAGAGAACUUUAAAAUGGGUUCACUACUUGGACUCCUGGCUCCUCACUUCUGUGACACCCUGCCCACCAUCCGUCAGGCGGCUGCUAGCUCGGCUAUUGGUCUGUUCUAUAUCAAAGGCAUUCGCCAGGAAGUGGAAAGACUGCAGGGUUUGCAGGAAGGACUGGAAAGUGAUGAUGAGCAGGUCCAGAUCAAGAUUUCUUCUAAAAUAGCUAAGAUUGUCAGUAAAUUCAUCCCAAAUGACGAAAUUCUGAUGUUCCUGGAGGAAACGCUGGAUGGUCUGGAGAGCCUCAAUCCCACAUGCACAAAGGCCUGUGGCAUAUGGAUGAUUGCUGUCCUGAAGGAGCAGGGAGCUGCUCUGGAAGAUCAGCUGUCGGAGAUCUUGAGCACAAUUUACCAUCACAUGCCAGUCCUUAGACAAAAAGAGGAAAGUUUUCAGUUCACGCUAGAAGCUGUCUCCCAAAUAGCCAGCUUUCACAUGGACACAGUUGUUGUCAACCUUUUACAGAAGCCUCUGCCCUUGGACAGGGACACAAGGACAUUGUGGAAGGUGCUGGCUGAAAAGCCAGCCUCCAAUGGGAAACUCUUACGAGCCUUAAUAGACAAACUGGAGACUGAGUUAGAAGAUGACAUCGCCCGGGUUGAGGCAAUUUCAGUAGCCUGUGCCAUGUACGAAGUGAUCUCAAUGGGCAUCUCUAUCACCCGCUCGUAUCCAGCGCUGUUCACUCUCCUCCUGAAGCUGGUUAGCUGCACACUAGACCAGAAGAUGCCCACUUCUCCCCUGAGCCGCAGGCGGCGUGUGAUGCAGCAGGGAGAACAGCAGCAGAUCCCAGACCCCUGCAGGCUUUCAACUGCCACUCUAAAGUGCCUGCAAGCCCAAGCCAUGAGAGAAGGCCUUGCGAAGGAAUCUGAUGAGGGGGACAACCUAUGGACUCUACUCAGCAGUCCUAGUACCCAUCACAUAGGCAUAUGUUCACUGGCCAGGAGCAUGGCAGUGUGGCGACACGGAGUCGUACUGGACAUCAUGGAACAGCUGCUCUCAUCUCUCACCUCCUCCUCGGAGAACUACCGGAUAACCGGCACAGCUUUCUUCUCUGAGCUCAUGAAGGAGCCAAUCCUUUGGAAGCAUGGCAAUCUGCGGGAUGUGCUGAUCUUGAUGGAUCAAAGUGCUUGGGACUCCAAUGCCACUCUGAGGCAAAUGGCCAUCCGAGGGCUCGGCAACACAGCGUCCGGGGCUCCUCACAAGGUGAGGAAACAUAAGCAGUUAAUGCUAGAAUCUAUCAUCAGAGGCCUGUAUCACCUGGCUCGCACCGAAGUUGUCUGUGAAAGCUUGAAGGCUCUAAAAAAAAUCCUGGUGCUGCUCACAGACCGAGACGUGAGCUUCUACUUCAAGGAAAUAGUGCUGCAAACAAGGACCUUCUUUGAAGAUGAGCAGGAUGAUGUGAGAUUGACUGCCAUCUUCUUAUUUGAGGACCUGGCAUCCCUAACAGGAAAAAGGUGGAAGAUUUUUUUUGCUGAGGAAAUAAAAAAGAGCCUGAUUUCAUUCCUUCUGCACCUUUGGGAUCCCAACCCCAAGAUUGGAGUUGCUUGCCGUGAUGUCUUGAUUGUCUGCAUUCCGUUUUUGGGCCUUCAGGAACUCUACGGGGUAUUAGACCAUCUCCUUGAUCAGGAUCUACCAAGGGCCAGGGAUUUUUAUAAGCUAUUCUGUAUGAAACUGGCCAAGAAAAACCAGGAAAUUCUGUGGAUCCUCCACACACACUCCUACACCUUCUUCACCAGUAGCUGGGAGAUAAUCAGGAGUGCAGCUGUCAAACUCACAGAUGCCAUCAUUCUCAAUUUGACCAGCCAAUACGUGGAGUUAUUAGACAGAGAACAACUGACCACACGGCUCCAAGCACUUCGUCAAGAUACCUGUAUUAGCGUCCAGAGAGCCGCCGAGGCCGCCCUGCAGACCCUCCUGAGAAGGUGUAAAGAGACAGGCAUUCUUCUGUAAGCCAUCAAGAAAUAAACUGCUGCCUUUUUCUA